GGGAGUUCUUGAAUUCGCUGCUGAUGUUGAAGUUGACGUUACGCUCCAUGCUCAUUGUGAGGAGUACGCCGACGUGCUAGUCACUGGACGCAGACUCUAGGACUCCAGACCAUUGGCACUAGCAACAUAGAUGUCUCUCUCGGGGUUUUCCGAAGCCUCUAGCGAUGUUUAGGUUGAUUUGGCCCGAGACUUGCGUGCACAGCUUCCGCGGCACUGGUACUUACACUACCAGGUGUAUUGCCCGUUUUGACAUGGGAUCUGACUGGCAUUUGGUACGCUUCCGCCGUCGUCUCUGCACGUAUAGACCCAGGAGUAGCAGUCUCUGGAUCCGGGUGAUCAGUUCACUGAUCAGGUGCAGUAACCAUGCAGGACGCCGUGAUGCUACGGAAAUUUGGGAGCACUUACUCGCCUCCUGCUGGGCACUGGUGUACUUGGUGUACAUAGGGCUCAUAUGCGCAGAGACCGCCUUUGGCGCUCGCGUCCGCUGACGAUGCAUU